CCACAGAUGCAGCCUGAUCUGUAGAGCAAUUUCAUUGCCCCCAGCUCCUGCCUUUCUGCACAUCAACACCAUAUGAUCACAGGAAACAAACCCCAGAUAUGCCGGAACAUUCCUGGCUGUCUGUACAUUUUGUUUCACAGACCCUACACUGAAAACAAUGAACAAGCCUUGAGAUUACAAAUGAUCUUACUAACAAUUUAAGAGACUUUGAAUUUUUGACUUCCUGCCUGCAGGAAGGAAGUGACAGUUGGAAGUGUGGAGAACAGGUGUUACCCCGGACAGCAUGAUAUCUUCUGCUUACUAAAAUAAAAAACACUGCAUCAACAUUCCUACGUGGAAGUGAGUUCUAACCACAAGACUCAGUCUUUCCACCACAGACCCAGCUCCAGAAAACCAGAUCUGUUUCCUACCAGGAAGUUGUUAUACCCAGCAUUAAAGGGCAGAGUAAGGGGCAGAGUUCUUUGAAUUGGUCUUGGAUGAAUCCAAGUCAAGAAUUGGGGGGUAUGAAAAUGUCCCCCUGCGUGUCCUUCCAGUUACUGGCCCUGCAGUUGCCUGGCGGAAUCGUCAGGGGACUUAGAAGGGAAAGAAUCAGGAUUGGCAUAAACUGGUCUCAGCGGAAGGAGACCUUACAGAGCCAUGGCUGUGCAGAAAGGAGUCCUGGAGGCUGUAAUUGGGACCACACAAAAAAAUUGAAGCUCAUGGGCUGAGUGGUCAGAUUGUAUUGGGACAGGUGUGUUUUGUCUGUUGGACUUUGAGCAUCUUUAGGGCAGAAAUCUUCUGUCCUUUCACCUUCACACUCCAGCAUCUAGCAAAGGUGAAGUGCUCAUUUGGAGGUGCUCCCAAGUAGUUUUUGAAAGAAGGCUAUUCAUGGAGACAGUUGUUGUCUUUUAAAUAUUUGAUAUGCUUUCGGACUAAAUAUGGACAGCUCUUAAGACGUCAAUCCUGAAAACAGGUUUCUAACACAUGUCGGUUCCCUCACCAGCAAAAUAAAAAUAUUAAUCUGGGUUACAUAACAAUUAAUGUGCAAGAACAGAUAGUUCAGGUACUAGGAAGAAAUCUGGUUAGGAGGCUGGCAGUGUGAAUCCAAACUCCCUUUCUGAACACUUUGAAGAAAAACAAGGGGUACUUUUCCUUGAUGAGGACCCCGGUUUGGGGUAUCUCUUUUUGCCUGGAUUUGCUUAGAUAAAAAAUCAAGGAUCACAUUACAGUUCUUCUUCUCCUUUAACUCUAAAAUUAUAUGAUUCUGAUGGUUCCACUUAACAAAUGUUAAGUAUUCCAUAAUUUUUGUGUGUGUGCUCAAGUUGGCAAUCCAAGCUACACUGAAAGAUCUGCUUUUUACCAGCGCUGCAAAGCAUAUUCAGAAAUCCAUUUGACUUUGAAUAAUGGACGUGCAAACACAUUAAGUCAUCAUCUCCACCACUGUUCUGUUUCUUUAAGAGACCUCGCUCAGCAAGUUGGAAGAUCAUUGAACCAUAUGAGGGUCAAUAAAAGAAUAAAAGUCACUGAUUAGUGAUUUCAGGACAAGGAACUGGAUCCUCGCUCAGUAUCAGUGUCCAUACGCCACUCACAACCGAAGGGGGAGUGUUUGAUCAUCAGCAGCUAGCCCUUCUCAGGAUGGCUUCUGGAAGACUCAUCAAGCUCCUGAUUUUUGAGCUUCUUGAGUUUGUUGCUUUCGUCACUCCCACGCUGGUGAUCGUGGAACAGUUUGCCACUGCCUAUCAAAAGAAAGCGGGUAGCCCUGGGAAAACGCAUUAUUGGCUGAUUGUUUCCUGUUCCAUUGCCUAUGUGGCUUCUGUGACUCUACUGGUAUGGGUUCCCGUUAAAGUUCUCUUAUACAAGAAGCAUCGCCUUUACAAAAAAAUUAAAGGAUGGAGACCUGUUAUGAUGAUGUGUGUUAUACUCACCACACUUCCCAGCUUCAGCUUUUCUAUCGCAGUGACCGAGGUUCAAAAAAAUAGUAGUGCUUCGACGAAUAGCCUUCCUGAGAAGUUACCUGACCUGCCAGUUUCUCUGGUCCUGACUUCCUUGAUUGUGGUUGAUAUUAUUGAAAAACUCAGGAUAUAUCCUCUUACAGGACGGCUAAAGAGUGAUGACAAUAGUUACAUCAAUACUUUGCAGCAAAUAAAAACUGUGACCGACCAAGUGAAGCAAAAUGAAGAAAGCACUUCCCCUCCGCAGCCAGCCAGGAGGACAGAGGUGUCACUGCCACCGUCAGCAAGGACACAGAACCCCUCUCCAGUUCUGGAGAGACCCCAAGAGCCCUCCUUUCACUCAGGAAUCCUGGGAGCAAUGUCCCGGCAGGAUGAUCGUGCCCAGAUCUUCCUGUGGAGCUUUCUGCUGUGGUCUGACACCAUAGAAAUGGUACGCGUGGCUGGCCACGCCGAUGUGUACAAGUCAGGCUGGCUAUACCCAGUCUACAUAUUUAGUUUUAUUUCUCUCCUUCGAAUUAUAUUAACUCCUCAGAACCCUCUUCUGAAUUCCCUGGGCAUCCUUCUCCAGGAUUUACCCUUUAUUUUUGUUAGACUUAGCUUGGUCAUUGCCCUGGGAACUAUCACACCCAUAUUGGGCCUUUGUAAAAACAUCCUAGUGACUGUCUCUUAUGUGUACUUCAAUUACUUAACCAAAUUCAGGGCUUUCUCUACCUUCGAAACAUCUUCAUUUUAAAGAGAACAUGUAAUAUUGUCAAACCUCUUCAUUAUGCGUGUGUACACACUUGUCAUUUUUUUUCCCCCUGGGGCAAAAGUUUUUGUACUAUGUAAAGAAAUGAGGAAUACAUUGUAGAGAAUACACUUUUUUUUUUUUUUAAGAACUGUAGCAUAUCACUUUUUCAAAAAUGUAUUCAAAUGAUGUUAAAUCUCAGCAAAGUUUUAUUCUUAUGCUAACUCUCCUGGGUCUCUAGAAAAUGUUAGUCAUGUUAGUCCGUUAUGUAUACCACACUUUUUCUCAGAACACUCUCCAUGAAAGCCUUAAAAAAAUUAGAACAUGUUUUUCCACUAAGUUAAUUUCAACCAUGCAUUUGUGAAAAACAAUAUGUAAAAUUUUAAGAUUACCUCAGAUUAUAAUUUUUCGUCAAGUAGUAUUAGGUUCAAAAUGAGCAAAUACACAGAUGAAAGUUGUUCUGACUAUUGAUUCGUCAGGCAUUUGACCAUCCCCCCCUGAGUUUUUGUAGAUCCUAAUUAGAGCACUCUGUUAAGACUUUAUGGAUUUGCUUUUCUGAGUUCCCCGUCGAUGUUUAAAUCCUUAAUCUACCUCCUCUGUCAAUCCAACAGGAACUUGUAAUACUUAUAACUCUUAAAAAUGAGAAUUGAAAUAAUCUCUUUCAAAUUAUGCUAUGAUAAUCUUUUUUAAUUAAGGAAAACUUCUGGGAAGUAGUUGAUUUGUAAUGUUCUUAAAUAUGAAAAUAUUUUAUAUACACUUAUAUUGGGAUUUAUAGUGUGAACAGUGCUCAAACUCUAAGGUAUUACUUAUUUGAGUUUAGAAUGCAUUUUGUGUCUCAUAUUUGAAUAUGGAUGUACCUGAUAUAUUGGGAAGUCACAACACUUAAUACAAAUAGUAAAGUCAUGUAUGUGUAGUAGGAAGACUAUUGAGUAACUAAUUUAAUAUUUUAUUUCAAGAGUAUACACGUUUAUAAUGUUCAAAUCUAUUUUUUUUGUUUCAGUACUUUUCAGUAUUUUGUUUAAUUAAAAAUUUUUUAAGUUGAAGAAUAGUUGACAUACAGUAUUAAUUUUAGGUGUGUAAUAGUAAUUUGAUAUUUACAUACAUUACAAAAUGAUCACUAUUAUGAGUCUAGGUACCAUCUGUCACCAUACAUAGCAUUUAGAAUAUUAUUGACUACCUUCCCUUUGCUGUGUUUUAUAUCCCCAUGACUUACUUAUUUUAUAACUUGAAAUUUGUAUCUUUAAUCCCCUUCACCUGUUUCAUCCAUCCACCCACACCCUUCCGCUCUGGCAAUUACCAGUUUGUUCUCUGUGUCUAAGAGUCUAUUUCUUUGUUUUGUUUGUUUAUUGUUGUGUUAUUUAGAUUCCACAUAUAAAUGAAAUCAUAUAGUA